AUGCGUUUGGCAGUUGUCUCUGAAAGCCUUUACAUUCUCGCCGGACUUGGUCUGGUGGUGGCAAGCCCUGUAGAUCGAAGGGCGCCAAAAGGACAGUACUUUGACGUACAGGGACAUCGGGGUAGCCGUGGUGAGGCGGUGGAAAGUACUUUGCCAUCAUUCGCGUGGGGAUUGAUUGACGGUGUGGUAACGCUUGAGCUCGACAAUGGUAUCACAAAGGAUGGUGCUGUGAUAGUUUGGCAUGAUGAGGUCAUUGAAGCUGACAAGUGCAACGAUACCAAGCCUGCGUUUAAGAACGAUCCUGAUUUCCCCUACGUCGGCAAACAUGUCGCCAACCUGACUUUAGCGCAGAUCAAGACUCUUGAUUGUGGUUCGAAGCGUCUGUCUUCUUUCCCGCUCCAGUUGACUUAUCCAGGAACCAAAAUUUCGACGCUUGGAGAGCUCUUCAAGUUUGCCCAAUGCGUUGACCCAGAACGCAGAAUCCAAUGGAAUAUUGAAUCCAAAAUCAAUCCUGAACAGACUAAUUCUACCCGGGGAGUUGACGACUUUGUGAAGCUCCAGCUAGCAGAAUUCAAGAAGAGCUCGUAUAAACUCUCUCAGAUCACAUACCAAAGUUUCGACUGGAGGACGCUGAUGGGUAUGAAGGCUCUUGAACCCCGGGUUCCAACUGCCGCGUUGCUUGACGAUACAACCCUGUAUGGACCCAACAACACCACUUCGGUGUGGCUCGGAGGGCUCCGCCUCGACGACUUCAAGGGGAAAACCACGGGGGAAAAAAUUGCAUAUGCCGCCAAGUCAAUCAAAGCGAGCAUUGUGUCGCCAGGAGUUUAUUCCAGUGCGAGUAGCGCUGACCCUAGCGAGGAAGGCUAUAUCCCUUUUGCAACCAAGGACAUGAUUGACAAGGCGCAUGAACUCGGAAUGCUGGUGAAGCCCUGGACUAUUAACCGGCUCAACAUCGCAGAACAAAUCCUCGACUGGGGUGUCGAUGGAAUCAUCACAGAUUACCCAGCGACGGUUCGCAGGCUAGCUGAACAGCGCGGAAAGCCAGUUGCGCCGGCUUUUAGCAAAAAGACGGUGCUGGGAUGCCUGAACAAGCACUUGCAGAAAGCGUAG